AUGCAGUGCUUUGAGUGCUUCGAGGAAGGCACUUACGAUGAGCACGGUAAACGUCCGGCGUGCUCAAAAUUGACAGAUUCUCCAGAAUUCAAAGUGAAUUGCACCAAUUCAACAAUGUGUGUCAAAGAGGUGCAUAGCAUUAAUUUGUCCAACGGUCAGUGGAGAACAAUGGAGCGUAGAGGAUGUGCCAAGCAGGUGAAUGUGACGCAAGUGGAGGUAUAUAGAGCUUACGUGGAUUUUGCCUUCGUUGCUGAACCCUACAAGGAGGAGUGCGUGGAGCUGCCAACGGAGAUGCGGACAUCGACAAUUAAACGCUGCUACUGCCGGGGUAACUUGUGCAACUCGUCAACGCGGCUUCAGCAAAGCUUCAACAACAACAGCCUGAUUAAGAUAGUGUGUGUUAUGUUCCUGUUAAGCAACUUACGGCUAAUCACUGUGAUCUAA